AUGACAGAAAAGGAGGUACUGGAGUCCCCUAAGCCCCCCUUCCCAGCAGAAACUCCACAAAGUGGGCUACAACGACUGAAGCAGAUAUUCAAGAAGGGCUCUCCAGAGACAACUGAGAUGGAGCCUCCCCCAGAGCCCCAGGCCAAUGGAGAGGCAGUGGGAGCUGGGGGCGGGCCCAUCUACUAUAUCUAUGAGGAAGAAGAGGAAGAGGAGGAGGAGGAGGAACCACCCCCAGAACCUCCUAAGCUUGUCAAUGACAAGCCCCACAAAUUCAAAGAUCACUUCUUCAAGAAACCCAAGUUCUGUGAUGUCUGCGCCCGGAUGAUUGUGCUCAAUAACAAAUUUGGGCUCCGCUGUAAGAACUGCAAAACCAACAUCCAUGAACAUUGCCAGUCCUACGUGGAGAUGCAGAGAUGCUUCGGCAAGAUCCCACCUGGUUUCCAUCGCGCCUAUAGCUCCCCACUCUACAGCAACCAACAGUACGCUUGUGUCAAAGAUCUCUCUGCUGCCAAUCGCAAUGACCCCGUGUUUGAAACCCUGCGCAUCGGGGUGAUCAUGGCAAACAAGGAACGGAAGAAGGGACAGGCAGAUAAGAAAAAUCCUCUAGCAGCCAUGAUGGAGGAGGAGCCAGAGUCAGCCAGGCCAGAGGAAGGCAAGUCCCAGGAUGGAAACAAUGCAGAAAGGGACAAGAAGGCUGAGAAGAAAACACCGGAUGACAAACACAAGCAGCCCGGCUUCCAGCAGUCUCAUUACUUUGUGGCUCUCUAUCGGUUCAAAGCCUUGGAGAAAGAUGAUCUGGAUUUCCCGCCAGGGGAGAAGAUCACAGUUAUUGACGACUCUAACGAGGAGUGGUGGCGGGGGAAAAUCGGAGAGAAGGUCGGAUUCUUCCCGCCAAACUUCAUCAUUCGGGUCCGGGCUGGAGAACGCGUGCACCGCGUAACCAGAUCCUUUGUGGGGAACCGCGAGAUUGGGCAGAUCACUCUGAAGAAAGACCAGAUUGUAGUGCAGAAAGGAGACGAAGUUGGCGGCUACGUCAAGGUCUACACCGGCCGCAAGGUGGGGCUGUUCCCCGCUGACUUUCUGGAGGAGAUUUAGGUGAACUGGUGCCUGCUGGCGGGAGACACCUAGGCCUGGCUCUGGGCGGGGCCCAGUGCGGGCUGGGAGGGGAGAGGC